UAAAAUUAUUACGGUUGAGUUUACAUGUACAUGCUUGCUUUUAAUAUGAUAAACAACGAGGAUAUAUUGCAAUUUUGUUCAUGCAUAGUGCAGCAUUGAACUUCAGUUUAGUCUGAUGUAGGAUCAUGAAGUCGGUUGGCCGCCGUUUUUAUUACUUUAUGACCGAGUUGAAGAGUUAAUGGUUUGGUUUAUCGAGUUGAAAUCAAGAUGGAUCAAAGGGGUGGAGCAGCUGAUAUGGAGGAGCAAGGAUGGGUCAAAACUAGGAUUCGACAAUGGGAAGACACCAUCCAAAAGACUGACCCAAAUUAUGCCGAUGCUACCGACGAGGAACUCACCGAACGGGUCAAACAGCUACUCGAUCGCCAUGGUUACUCGCGGCGUCAUUCCGACUACAGCCUCAUGGGCUUCUCCUACACCCCAAGCUCCACAAGCCCCUCCCCUCCCAGUCAGGGGAAUUCCCCUCGGAGACAUUCAAACAUUGCAGGGUAUGUUCCAAAGAUGCCUAUCUACGAGGAGGGCAGGAUGCGCUCCAUGGAACUCCCAACACCCCUGGAGGAGGAUGAAUUUGAGGAGGAGGAGUAUUCAGGGGACGAUGCCAAGCAUGAAGGGGGUAGGAAAGUGGAAGGAUGGAACGAAGAAGAAAAGGAACAAAAUUAUGAUCAGUAUAUCAGUUAUGAGAAUGAAUACCCCAUUGACGAUGAUUGGUAUAUAAAGAAGGAACCAAGGGCGCCCCACGAAGGGGUCGAUUUUGAUGAAAAUUCAGAGGAUGCCAUUUCUGAAAGACUCCUUUUUCGCGAGAUGGUUGAUGCCAGCUGCGACACUAAAGAGUUGGAGCAGAGUUACAAGGCGGAUACCGGUAUCGAGCGGGAGCGGGAGGAGCAGAAUCGUAGUCUGGUCUCUCAGAACGUUGAGCUGAGGCGGAAGCUUGAAGAUGAACACAGCAGCUACAAGAGGAAGCUCCAGGCGUACCAAGAUGGCCAACAGAGACAGGCUCAGCUUGUACAGAAGUUGCAGGCAAAGGUCUUGCAAUACAAGCGGAAAUGCGGAGAACUAGAAGCCUCUCUUCAUGAUAGUCUCAACGAAUCCGAUCGAGAAAAGAUAUCUCUCCAGACCACGACGGAGAGUUUGCAAACUCAGCUAGAGAAUGCCGAGACGAGACUUAAGAUGCGAGAGGAUGAGCACGUCUCGGAACUGGAAGGCACACUCAUCAGGCUGGAGGAGGAACAACAACGCAAUCUGCAAUUAGAACUGAAAGAGGAGCUCCGGAGGAGUGCUAGUCUGGCCCAGGUCAAUUCAAUGCUGCGGGAACAGCUGGACCAAGCCACAGAGGCCAACCGGUCACUCAACCAAGAAAUAGAUCAGCUGACCAACGAGGUCAAGAGAUCGCAGGAGGAUCUGGACAACAGAGAGUCGGAAUGGAGGGAUGAGGAGAAGUCCUUCAAUGAGUAUUUCAACAAUGAGCACAGCCGUCUCCUUGUUCUGUGGCGUCACAUUGUCGCAUUCAGGAGGAACUUUGCUGAAAUGAAAAGCUCCACUGAGAGGGACCUUGCUCAGAUGCGAUCGGAUUUGACCCGGACAUCACGCAACACCCAUUCAACCUGUCAGAACCUUCAGUCAGCUUCCAAGGGUAGCGAGACUGGUGCAGCGUUGGCCCUGGAGAGGGAGAGGGGUGAGAAGAUGCAGCUAGAAGCUCAGAUGAGGGAGAAACUCAAAGAGAUGGUGGACAUGCAGGCGAAAUUUGAUGCUGAGAAGGGAGAUCUGUCAUCCAGAAUCAAUGAGUUGACCAUUGCUAACGAGCGCUACAAGAUCCAGGUGGCCGAGAAAGAGAACCAGCUGCGUCAGCUCCAGAUGCGUCAAGGCUCCUCCUCCGCGGCCGGUGGCGACCACAUGGACUCCGUCCACUCGGAGGCCUCCCACGAAUCCUACAUGAUCCCUGGAGCGGACGGUGGUUCCCUGCGUGCUGUCCAGGAGGAGUGUGAGGCCUUGCACACCGCGCUGCGGGACAUUGCCCAGGCUGUCAUACAGGAUGCGGAUGCGUCCGCUGCUGAUAUGACCGAGUUUGCCGGUCAGGAUGGUGACUUCACGAUGGAUGCCAGCCUGGCUUCACCAUAUGCCAAGUCAACUCCACUCAGGCCUUACUCCCCGACACGUUACCACCGUCACCGUUCCCCCUCUCCCCGCAGACCAGUUACCCCGUCCCGGCGAUCUGCGUCGCCCAGCAGAGCCCGCUCUCCAGGAUUUCCGGACUCCACCUACUCCGCCGUCCAGGCCGCUCUGCAGAAACGACAGCUCCAGGUCCAGGAACUGAAAGCCAGGCUCAGCUCCACGCGUGAUCAGGCUAGCACCCUGAAGAAGAACCUGGAGGCUAGUGAGAACGAGAAGAGGCAAGCUGAGAGGGCGGUAGACGCUAAUCGAGACAACCUCAGUGUUGCUCAGAGGCAGCUGGAAGAAGUCAAGAGAGACAGAGAUAGGUUGAGGAAUUCCCUGGAAGCUACAGGAAGUGAGAAGUCUGGUUUGGAGAACCUCCGCCAAUCUCUGAAUGCUCAGAUUGAAUCCCUGAACGUAGAGAACGAGAGACUCCAGGCCGCUAACUCGGACCUUCAGAGACAGAGGGACCACCUAGAAGAUGAGAGGGAGGAUAGAGAGAAGGAUAGUAUUAGGCAGAAGAAAGAGAUUGAGAGAAGUCAUAAGCUUCUUGAGCAGAUGGAAGGGAAGAACUCAAAUCUAAAGGAAGAUAUUGUUACCUUGAAAGAAGCUCUUAACAAGGCGGUCCUUGAGAAAGAAGUUCUAGAGCAAGAGAAGGCAGAGAUCAGUGAAAGCCUGUCUCGUCUUGAGGUCCAGCGAGCAGAACUGGAACUGGAGUUGAACCGUCUGAGAACAGAGGAAGCCGGUCUCCGGGAUUCUCUCCUCAAAAUGCAGGCACUCAACGAAGGUCUUGGCCAGGAUAAGAUUGAACUUAACAAAAUCAUUAUGCAGCUUGAGGCAGAGAAGAACCGCCUGAUCGAAGACAAAGACACCAUCAGCAAAGAGAGGGCGGCAAUCCGUGAUGAGCUGAUGAGGGUGGAGAGCGAGAAGGUGGAUACGGAGACGGAGAAGAUGGGCCUGAAUCAAAGUCUUAGCCUGAUGGAAGAUAACCGGGCUAGACUAGAGGAAGAGAUGAGUCUCCUGAACAAAGAGAAGGGAGAGCUUGGGGAUAGCCUUUCUCAGCUGAGCAGACAGAAGAACUCGUUGGCAGAGGAGCUUCUGCAGACCAGGAGAGAUGUUGAUAGACAGAUGGAAGCAGCCAUUCGCAUCGCCAAGGAGAAGGAGGAGCUCACGAAGGAGAAGGCGGAGCUGAUCGUUCAGCUCACUGCAUCUGAGAGAGAGAACAGAGCACAAGCAGAGGUGAUAGCUGCGAUGAAUACUGAUAAAGAAAGCCUUGAGAGAACUCUGUAUGAAUACCAGCAGACCGCUGCCAAGCUUGAAGCAAAGAGGACACAACUAGAGAGUGAGCUUCAAGAACAGGGUGUCUCAAAAGAAGGACUAACAGUUGAGCUUGCCAGACAGCGCAAGGAGAUGGAGAUUGAGACCACCCGCUACCAGAAAGAUCUUGAGCUUCUCAAUCAGCGUAUGGUACAACAGGAGAGGGACACCCAGCUGGCUCUUAAACAGCGUCAACAGGCGCAUGAUGAAGACGUCGAGAGACUCAACAGGGAAAGGGAGAGUUUGAAACUCGCCAUGGAGGCGGAGAAAGAAGACCUUGUGAGGAAGACCAACCAGGAGAGGGAGGAGCUGAACGGCAGGUAUCUCCAGGAGAAGGAGGAGCUCACGGAGGAGCUGUUGGGGCUCCAGAGGGAGAGAGACGAGAGCUUGCUCCUGGCGGAGAAUGACAAGCAGCAGUCGCUAUCUUUGGCUCAGACGGAGAGGAACCAACUGGUUGAGAAGUUGAACUCGUCUCAGAGAGACCUCGCUAAUGCUUCGAUGGAGAUGGACAGGAUUAAGAGGGAGGCAUUCACAAGAGCUGAGACGGAUAAGGAAGCUAUCCGAGAUGUACAGGAUGAGCUGAAGGAAUUAAGAGCACGAUUUGAAGAGGGAACGAAUGCUCGAGAGCGUCAAGCCAAGGAUCUUAGCAAUCAAAUCAAAGACUUGCAAAAGGCCAAGGAAGCUCUACUGAGAGAGGUCAACGAACUUAAAACACAACUCAAGAUGGCCGAAGAGAGCAGAGAUGGGGUCAGGAGAGAGCUUAUCGAAGCACAUCGCAAAAUCAGAGAAGGUGAUGAAGGCCGAGAGAUCCAGCGCAAGGAGAACAUGGAGCUGAAGCGACAGAUGAACGACGAGGUUCGCGAGAAGGAUGCCAUCAAUCGAACAAAUGAAGAACUGAGACAGAAGGUGAAGAAGGUGGAGACGGAUCGCAUCCAGCUGAAUAGGAAUGUGGAGGACAAGACGCAGAAGAUUGCUGUUUUGGAGGAGAGUAAGACGGCUUUGCAGAAGGAAUCUGGUGAUCUUCGAGCCAGUUUGAGGGAAGUUGAGAAGUCACGCCUGGAAGCGAGGCGAGAGCUACAGGAACUGCGAAGACAGGUGAAGACCCUGGACACUGAUAAGGCCAAGCUCACCAAGGACAUUCAUGAUCUUCAAAACCGUGUGGCUAGGGACGACGAGAAAGAAGAUGAAAAUAGAAAGGAAAUCUAUGCCCUCAAACAAAAGGUAAUGGAGACAGAGGCAGAGCGGGAGUCCGCUCGGAAGGAGGCUCAGAACCUCAACCGUCGCUAUGGCGACCUGGAGGAGGAGCUACGUCUCAAGGAGAAGGAUUACGCAAUGUCCGUAGAUGAGGCACGUUCGGCCGAGAGACGUAUCUCAGAAAGGCUACGCACCUCAGAGAACUCACUUGAUGGGACCAAGGCAGAGCUGGGAGACCUUAAACUGAAGCUGAGUGCUGCGGAGGGAAGGGUCAAUGGUUUGGAAUCCCAGCUGGCUCAAGUUGAAGGAGCCAAGCAAGAAGUGGAGUUCAAGCUGGGAAGCCUCCACUCCACCCUAAGGCGAACCCUAGGCAUCGGAGCGGGUGGAAUGGGCAGCUCAAUGAACCUCACUAGCAGUACUUCACCGGGAACAAGACAAUCACUCCGAGAUAGGAGUCCUAGUCCGGCACGAGGACGUAGGACCAGGUCUCCUGUCAAAGGUUUUGACAACACCUUUGCUUCCACGGCUGACGGCUUUGGCACCCCCAUCCCCCGCACAGGUUCCCCCGAGCUCCAGGACCGGUCCGGCAGUCCUCUACCAACCCGUAGUACCUCCCCUACUCGUAUGGAGCAGCUCGUUGCUGAUAUCGACCCCGAGACUGUCAGGAUCGCUCUCAAGGACUUCUCCCAGCAACUCAAGGAUACAGAGAGAGAAAGGGAUGAAGCCUUUGCCCGUAUUCGUCUGCUCACCCAAGAGCUCGCUGAGAAUGAGGCAGCCAGGCAUCGUGUUGACCAACGUCUUCAACAGUUCCAGAAGUCACUGACGGAAGCUGAGGAAGGGAAGCGUGGUGCUGAUGGACGUCUCAGCAGUGCGCAGACUGCCCUCAUGCUACAAGAAGAGACCAUCCGUCGUAGUGAGAGGGAUCGCAAAGGCAUGCAGGAGAAAAUCAACACCCUUGAGCGUUCCCUGCAAUCGGCCGAGGCCGAGAAGCGCAACCUGGGCGACCGCAUCGCCAAGAUGAACCAGGGCUCCCAGAAGAUGGAGGGGGAGAAACGGUCCCUGCGCGAGACCUUGGAAGCCUCCGAGAACCGCUGCACCCAGCUGGAGCUGAAGCGACGGGCCCUUGAAGGUGACCUUCAGAGGUCUCAUCUAUCGAUGAAUGAUAAGGAGACGGAGAGCCAGGUCCUACAGGAUAGGAUCGACGCCUUGAUGAGACAGAUCCAGGACCUGGAGAGCAAGAACACAUCGUUGCAGCUGACCAUCGAUAGACUGUCAAGUUCUUUGGCCAGGUCUGAAGAAGGAGAACAUACUCUGAAGGAUCAGCUUCAAUCUCUAUCCUUGUCUCUGAAUGACACUGCAAUGGAAGCCACUCAGAAACAAGAGCAAUUACAUCAUCUACAGCAAGCCGUGGCUAACAGUGAGAAGGAUAGGAGGGUGCUUCAAGAAAGAUUAGAUGCUGCCAGACACGCAGCUAGUGAUGCCAAGAAGCAGAACCACCAGUUGAUAGAGAGGGUACAACAGACACAGAACGAUCUAGCGGAGUGUGAACUGAGGAGGGCAGAGCUCGAGCAACAAGUCAGAUCAUCUCAACAGCUUGUGAAGCAACAACAAGAAUCAGAGGAAACCACCAUGACUCAGAUCCAGAGACUACAAGCAGAGAAACGCUCCUUGAAGGAACACGUCACCACGCUGCAGAAGGCUUACAGUAAUCUAGAGACGGAGAAGAGAGAGGUCCAACGCAGCGCAGGUCGCCUGGAGAAGGACAAGACUGCUCUCAAGAAGACCCUGGAUAAGGUUGAGCGAGAGAAGAUGCGCCACGAGGAGGCUGUGAUGAGGGCCACAUCAGAGAAAGGAGCUCUUGACCAAUCUCUCACCUCCCUGGAUCAGGAGAACGUCGAGCUGCAGAGACAGAUCCAAUCCCUCCAGGCCACUCUGGCCGAGACGGAACAGCAACAUGCACAGAGAUUAAUUGAACUAACAACAAGACACAGACAGGAGACAGAGAUCGAGACCGAGAGAUUAAGAACAGCUCAGCUACAGGCAGAACGGACCCUUGAGGCAAGGGAAAGGGCUCAUAGGCAACGGGUCAAAGGACUCGAAGAACAGAAUUCCACCUUGAAAGAUCAGAUGCAACGUGAAGUGAAGAAACGGCAACAGUACAUCUCGAGUUCCAAGACCAAUGAUGAGAUCCAGGACCUCAGGAAUAUGCUCAGUGAGUCUCUGCACUCUGUUUCCCGAGACCCGACCCUUGACCCCGUACUCCUGGAGCACGAGACUCGGAAGCUUGAUGAAUCCAUGGGCUACUCGUCCUCCAUGCGAUUGUCAGCCAGAGGAGCGUCGCCCCCUACCAGUCUAUCACCACGCUUAGCCAAGGACCGCACCCGUAGUAUAUCCCCUGUUCGGCUUGGUAAACCAACCAGCACAUCUACACCAGGCAUAGAUUCCAAGCUUAGGAGUAGUGGUAGCAGGACUCAGUCGGCACGAGGCCUCAGUCCAUCUUCGCUUCGCGGCUCGUUACGGAAGUGAUCCGGUUGCGUAGAGUAUCCAUGCAAUAUGUACAGAAUUCACUCUGCAUUCCAUUCUUCAAGUGCCGCCCAACCUUCCAUCACGUGGGAGUUGAAGGGGUUUUAAUCAGAUUUAAGGAGUCGCACCCUUCUGGAUCCAAAACAGAUAGCAGCAUGAUGACUUGUCAUGUGGUAUUUAGAGAAGAUUUUUAAGAAUAUUGAUUAUGUAAUUAAAUUAUUCAUUAUUAUAAGAGAUGUAAGAAAUCAUAGUUCCAAAGUGUUUAUAACAUUCCAUAAUUCAUGGCAGGAGUUCUUUGUUUUAGAAUUAAGUCCGUUUGACAGUAAGUAGGUAUAUCAAAGCCAGUUGAGAGAAUAGUUUCCCCUCAAGUGCAUGAAAUCAGUACCUAAGCCUGUUUCAUAAAAUUUGCAAUCAAUGAAAGAAUGAAAACAAGAAGCAACGUGCGUGUGAUGAACUGGCUGCUGUGAUCGAAGAGAAAUCAACCAACUUGUCUGGGAGUGCUCGGUUACGUUUUAGAUUCUCAAAUAUGUUGUUGCCACUCACACAUAAAAGUAUACAUGGAAAUAAAAGAGCUCCACAGUUAGACCCUGUUUAAUUUCCUAUGCCUCAACUACAUGUUUCUCAAUCACUACCCUUUUUUUUUAAAUCCUACUAUUACUCUUAGGAUGAUAAGAUAGAAAUUACAAUAUAUUCUGUAUGAUCAGGAGCUUGUUGCAGAAACAGUUGCAUUUGAUCAUAUGACAAAAAAAUGAUGAUUUGCUAUUCCCCAACACAUGCUCCUGAUUAGUUGACAGCCAGGUUGCAAUUGAUUUAUGGAAAUGCGAUUGAUAACAACCCUUUCUGCAAACGGCCCUUGAUAUCAGACAGUAUUGCAGAGAAAGUGACAGUUGAAUUUAAGCCGUACAUAGAAUUGUUUCCUGUGCAGUGGUGCUGUAUAUUGAGGUGUAGAGACAUCGUGCUUCGGCAACUGCCAUUUGCUUGCUUGAACUGCCCCAUGUGAGGAGCCAGAACUUUUCUAGGACCGAUUGGAUGUGAUGUGCUAAUAAAAAUUAGAUUGUUGUAAUUAGACAAGAGAUCGUGUAAGUUAAGGCAACAUUGAAGUCAUUUAAAUAGUUUUAUGCAUUGUGCACAUGGGGGCAUGGAGUUGACAAGUUAUUUUUUUUGUGUGGAUUUUAUCUCAUGCCAAGGAGGCACAUGAAUUUAUUAAAAGCAUGAAACAUAGCCCCAGUAUAGAGCUCCCCCCCCCCUCAUUUUUAAGCAAAAAGCAUACCCUAUUUGUAACCUCAACUUAUCCCCGAAAAGUGUCAUUUGAAUUUUGAGGAAAUAUAAAUAUUAACAGAGAUACCUACCCUUCAGAUUGGGAAGAAAAAUGAACUAUUUUGGCUGGAAAGACAGAUACAACUCAAAGACACUGAAGUUUGUUUCAAACACAGACAAUCAACUAUAAUUGACAGUAAGAACACUUGAAAAUACUUAUAUUAAUAACAGUAAUAAUUAUUGAUAACUCUGGUUAUUAAUUGCAUGUAUCCAUGCUGCUGAGUGCUCAAGUGCUCAUUGUAACACAAGGGAGGCUUUCCUGGUCACAUAUCGGCAUUUUAGCAGAAGUUAAUGUAUUAUAA